AUGUUCGGAAAGAAAGAUCAAGACCUUGAAAAAGGCCCUCAGGUGGCGAAGACAACAUUGGACACCAGCAGCGAUGGCGCUGUACCCGGGGAGACGUUUGUAUACGGUGAUUCACUGUAUGCAAAGCUCCAACGGCUCGCAGGGAAGAUCAACAUCGAGCAGCGUGGAAUUGAACGGGUACCACCAGAGGAGCAAACGGAUACGUCGUACUUCAAUAUUGGCAGCAUGUGGUUGGCGGCCAAUAUGGUAGUCAGUUCCUUUGCCAUUGGUGUCCUCGGAAAAUCCCUCUUCGCUCUUGGUUUCGUCGAUGCCAUCCUGGUGAAUCUCUUCUUCAACCUGUUGGGCAUCAUGACUGUGGGAUUCUUUUCGUGCUUUGGCCCUCCUUUCGGCCUACGACAAAUGGUACUCUCACGGUUCUGGUUCGGAUACUGGGGGACCAAGUUCAUUGCCUGUCUCAACGUUUUGGCCUGUAUUGGUUGGUCCGCAGCCAAUGCAAUCGUCGGUGCUCAGCUCCUCCAUGCGGUCAACACCGACGUCCCAGGGUUUGCAGGUGUUCUGAUUAUCGCCUUCUGCACGUUUAUUAUCACUUUUGCCGGAUAUAAAGUCGUCCACAUGUACGAAUACUGGAGUUGGGUGCCAACAUUUAUCGUCUUCAUGAUCGUCUUCGGCACAUUUGCCCACUCCGGGGACUUUGUGAAUAUCCCCAUGGGCGUCGGAAAAUCCGAACUGGGUAGCUGUCUCUCCUUUGGAUCAACUGUGUACGGAUUCGCUACUGGUUGGACUAGUUACGCGGCUGAUUACACGGUGUACCAGCCCAGGGACCGCAGUCGCCGCAAGAUCUUCUUCUCAGCGUGGGCUGGUCUGAUCGUUCCUCUGAUAUUUACACAAUUCCUUGGAAUCGCCAUUAUGACCGCCACCAGUCUCAACGAUGGCGACAACAAGUACCAAGCUGGCUACACAGCUUCUGGAAACGGAGGUUUGCUCGCUGCUGUUCUCGAGCCUCUUGGGGGAUUCGGAAAGUUCUGUCUCGUGAUCCUUGCCCUUUCCAUUGUCGCCAACAACUGCCCCAACAUCUAUUCCGUCUCCCUUACUCUCCAAGUUCUGAGCCGCUAUACCCAAAGAAUUCCUCGUUUCAUCUGGGUUUUCCUGGGUUCGUGCGCCUCAGUGGCCAUUGCCAUUCCGGGAUAUUCCCAUUUCGAGACUAUCCUAGAGAACUUCAUGAACAUCAUUGCUUAUUGGCUCGCCAUUUACUCCGGAAUCUCGCUCACUGACCACUUCGUUUUCAAACGUGGCUUCGGUGGAUACCGCAUUGAGAUAUAUGACAAACCCAACAAGCUUCCCCCAGGCAUUGCGGCUGCGGUUGCUUUCGGCUUUGGUAUCGCCGGCAUGGUCACUGGAAUGAGCCAGUCGUGCCGCGCCGACUGGGCCGACGACGAGGAGUUCGAUGACCCCUCCGCGCUCCCCGCGCAACAAGUCACAACGAACAAAGAUGGCACCAAGACCGUUGUGUCGUACCGCUUCAACGACGAGGGCAAGAAGGUGAAGGUCACCCGCCGGAUCAAGACCACCGUCGUGCGGGAACAUGUGAACCCCCAGGUUGCGGAGCGGAGGUCCUGGGCCAAGUUCGGUCUCGAGAAGGGCCACGCUCCCGGACCCUCGUUCGAUACCACCUCCGUCGGUGAGAACAUCGUUUUCAGACCCAGCAUCAACUGGAAGGCACAGGCCGCGGAGGCGGAGAAGAACGGCGGCGAGAAGGGCAGCAUGAAGGAUCAGCUCAAGGACAAGAAGGUCAAGUGUCGUAUUUGCAGCGGAGAGCACUUUACUGCCCGUUGUCCGUUCAAGGAUACCAUGGCGCCUGUCGACGAGCCUACCGGUGGCGCUGGUGCCGCUGGUGAAGCCGAUGAAGCAGCCGGUGCUGUUGGCACCGGAUCUGGCAGCUACGUGCCUCCUCAUCUCCGGAAAGGUGCUGCUGGCGGCGGCGAGAGGAUGGGUGGCAAGUUCGAGAAGGACGAUCUGGCGACUCUGAGAGUUACAAACGUAUCCGAGCUGGCGGAAGAAGGAGAACUCCGCGAUCUGUUCGAGCGCUUCGGCCGCGUCACCAGAGUCUUCCUCGCCAGAGACAGGGAGACCCAACGAGCCAAGGGCUUCGCUUUCAUCAGUUUCGCAGAUCGCAGCGACGCUGCACGCGCCUGCGAGAAGAUGGAUGGCUUCGGUUACCGCCAUCUUAUCCUCCGCGUCGAGUUCGCGAAGAGAACCACAUAA